GAUUUGCGGUUCACUGAGGGAGGAGGGAGGAAACUCGACCGCCUACUUCAUAUAAAUUCCGUGUUCAAGGAUUUUUUCGGUCUCUUUCUGUUAACCUGGCAAAGGGGAGCAGCUGCUGCGGACUAUUCGCCAAAUCUUGAAACUUAAGAAAUCAUGGGAAAGGAAAAGAUCCACAUUAACAUCGUGGUUAUCGGCCACGUCGACUCUGGAAAGUCCACCACCACCGGUCAUCUGAUCUACAAAUGCGGAGGAAUCGACAAGAGAACCAUCGAGAAAUUCGAGAAGGAGGCCGCUGAGAUGGGCAAGGGCUCCUUCAAGUACGCUUGGGUGCUGGACAAACUGAAGGCCGAGCGUGAGCGUGGUAUCACUAUCGACAUUGCCCUCUGGAAGUUUGAGACCAGCAAGUACUACAUCACCAUCAUUGAUGCCCCUGGACACAGAGACUUCAUCAAGAACAUGAUCACUGGUACCUCACAGGCUGACUGUGCUGUGCUGAUCGUUGCUGGUGGUGUUGGUGAGUUUGAGGCUGGUAUCUCCAAGAACGGCCAGACCCGUGAACACGCCCUCCUGGCCUUCACCCUGGGAGUGAAGCAGCUUAUCGUUGGAGUCAACAAGAUGGACUCCACCGAGCCCCCAUACAGCCAGGCUCGCUUUGAGGAGAUCACCAAGGAAGUCAGUGCUUACAUCAAGAAGAUUGGUUACAACCCUGCUGCCGUUGCUUUCGUCCCAAUUUCUGGAUGGCAUGGGGACAACAUGCUGGAGCCCAGCACAAAUAUGGGCUGGUUCAAGGGAUGGAAGAUUGAGCGCAAGGAGGGUAAUGGUAGCGGCACCACUCUCUUGGAUGCUCUGGAUGCUAUCCUGCCACCAAGCCGCCCCACUGACAAGCCUCUCCGUCUGCCCCUGCAGGAUGUCUACAAAAUUGGCGGUAUUGGAACUGUACCUGUGGGCCGUGUUGAGACUGGUGUCCUCAAGCCUGGCAUGGUUGUCACCUUUGCCCCUGUCAACGUAACCACUGAGGUUAAGUCUGUUGAAAUGCACCACGAGUCCCUCCCUGAGGCAACCCCUGGUGACAACGUUGGCUUCAACGUGAAGAACGUGUCUGUAAAAGACAUCCGCCGUGGUAACGUGGCUGGAGACAGCAAAAAUGACCCACCCAUGGAGGCUGGCAGCUUCACUGCUCAGGUCAUUAUCCUGAACCACCCUGGUCAGAUCUCUCAGGGCUAUGCUCCUGUGCUGGAUUGUCACACUGCUCACAUUGCCUGCAAGUUUGCUGAGCUCAAGGAGAAGAUUGACCGUCGUUCUGGUAAGAAGCUUGAGGACAACCCCAAGAACCUGAAGUCUGGAGAUGCUGCCAUUGUUGAGAUGAUUCCUGGCAAGCCCAUGUGUGUGGAGAGCUUCUCCACCUAUCCUCCUCUUGGUCGUUUUGCUGUGCGUGACAUGAGGCAGACUGUUGCUGUCGGCGUCAUCAAGAGUGUUGAGAAGAAGGCUGCUGGCGCUGGCAAGGUCACAAAGUCUGCACAGAAGGCCGCCAAAACCAAGUGAAUUCUCAUUCCAGCUGUUUUAAAGGUGGUGGGGCGUCUUCCCCCAUUUCCUGGAAUUUCUCUAAAUCUGGGCACUCUACUUAAGGACUGGCUAAUGCUGAUUAAAACUCAUCGAAAAAAUUUUCGCAGGAAAGGAUAAUUGUGGCUUCAUGUGUGACCGAUAGCAUCUUUCAGUUGUUAAUUUGAGUUGAAUGGUUUAGACCUGCACCUGUUGCCACAGUUAAAUUGGAAAGAAAGCUGCUGAGAAACUAAUAAAGGUAUUAAAAAAAUUGCA